AUGCUUCCCAACCUGCAACCAGAAGAAAAAGAGUUGUUAAUGUUUCUCCUAAGCCAGCCUGGAAGCCUGGAUCAAUAUGUUGCGUACCCGGGCUUUCAAGCUGGGCAGCAGCAGUUGUUCUCUGUCCAGCUACAGCUGCCAGCUGCCCUGCCGUCGCUCAAGGAUGCUUUUCUCGCAUGUGCUAUAACAGUAAAGCAACUUCAAGCCGGCACUGCAAUGGACACAGAUACGACUUUCAGUGUCCACUACAUAUUGAAGGCCAUGGACGCAUUACGCUCGCUGUCUGUUUUGUCUUCACAGGAUGCAGUUCUAUGUCAUGCUCUGGGAGGUUUACUGGCUUUCUCGAUAUCUUCAGCCAUCGGUGUAGGUGUUCCAGACAUUUGCCGUCACUGUCUCGGCACAACAACUCAAUUCGUGGGAACAACAGUGUCCGAUGCAGAUCCGUGGAAGAGCUUUCUGAUUCUGUUAGAUACCAUGGACUGUCUUGUUUAUCGACGAAAGCCGAUACUGAGGAUUCGGGUACCAUCCUCUGUUGUUGUUGACUGUCGCCUUGGCCUCUGUUUGCCUCUGUUGCCGUACUAUCAUGAUCUCUGUGUGAUCAGCAAUUCAAUUCUCAAUACAACUGACGUGGGCAUUCUGGCUCGCUUGCAAAAGCAGCUAGAUGAAAUCCAUUGCCUUGUGGAGCCAUGGCAACCAUCUCACUUGGAUCAACUUGUUGAGCAGUUUGAUUCGGCAGAAAUCGUCCACCUGCUUGCGCAAGCCAAGUUAUACCGCUUGGGAGCGCUCCUAGUGGGCCACCGGUUGCGAUUUCCAUUUGGUCAGGAGGACGCCCAGGCCGAAAUAUGGUCCAAGGAAGUUAUGAUGGAACUUGAAAUUGCAAAACGAGUCACGAAGCGAUCGAUGCGAUUUGUGACGUUACCAUUCAUUAUCGCAGCCGUUGAGGUUCGAGAUAAGAGUCUACGUAUCAAGACGCUCGAGCGUGUGGACGAUUGCGUCGACCAUUUCGCUCAGUUUUUGCAAAAGGCAACCAAGACAUUCUUGUCGAGAGUUUGGCACGAGCGAGAUUUGAAUCUUACGACUCGUUGGUUUGAUUCGAUCUACAAACCAUGCCCUGUGCUGGAUUCCGUUACUGCAUCGCUACUCUAA